GUGGUUCCGUGAGGGAUAAAUGAGGUGGGGAAUCAUUUCACAGUCACACACUUUGUUUGUCAGUGACGGACAGACUGAGAGGGGAAAUCUGGAGCUGAAGAUUUACUGAAUUUAACACCUAAAAGCUUACACGCCUGCUACAGGUAACUUUGUUACUUUUCAGAGGUUUGUCCUCAAUUAUUGAAGAUGUUCACUUUGCUGUUAGCAGUCAAGCUAGCUUAAUGUUUAGUACUUUGUUUUUAAAGCUGCAAGUUUGAUACAUAAACGUGUUGCUAUGUUAAUAUUUUACGCUUUUGUUGGAUAUUUUUCGCGGUCAAAUUGAAGUUAUAUAGUCCGUUGUUUAUUUGGGUGUGUUUGUUUUUGACUAUAUGACCUAUUUUUAGCCCCAUGGUCACAGGUGAUAAAGUAACCGUUCAAAAGCAGGUGGGGCUGAUUAUCUGAACACACACACACACACACACACACACACACACACACACACACACACACACACACACACACACACACACACACACACACACACACACACACACCUAUAUCUGAUGAGUUGAUGGUAAGCUCACUUCUAAGUGAGAAAUUAAACCUGUUCUGAAAAGCAGCUCCUUUUUGAAAAGAGAAACUCAAAACCUGAAGUAAAGAUGAACAUGUUAUUUAAUAUAUUGAGCUUUCCUGUACUUGGAUGAUAUUCGGGAGAAAGGAAAGUGAAAGUAGUUUUUCUUUCAGAGCUGGGGGUGACCACCCUGUCCUCUGUGACACUAGACUAAAGAGAGGGGUCCAGAUCUGCUUUAUAUGUCUGUAAUACAGCAGAGGAUUAGAGCAGGAGGUUUAAAUGACAGUAAAGACAGUUCAGACUCCUUCAGUGAAGACAUGGAGGAAGUAGCAGGAGCAUUUGUUACUUGGUCUCAAGGAAAAAUAUAAAUGACAACAAAGAAGAUAAUCAUGUUAGACUUACUGGUCUGUGUAAUGUAAGCUGAAAGGUAUUUAAUUUGUUUGUUUGUUCAGAGAAGACAGACUGUUCUUGUUGGAAAGUACCUCCAUGCCUCAAGGUUUGGUUUAGAAAGCAAAUAGAUUACAUUAGAAGCAACGUUUUAAAGAAUUUAUCGUUUUAUUUUUACUCAAAUGUUUCCUCAAAGCCUUUCUUUACAAAGUUAGUGGUUUGUAGUAUCAAGGUGUUGGUGAUGAACUUGUGCUUAAACAGAGAGACCAUCAUGUGUCUGUGGUUUCUCCUAUUUCUGUCUUUGUUAAACCUCCCACACUGGGGGAAAAUGUCACAGCCUCAUAGCCUAUAGAUACACUUCAGUAAGUGUUGUUAGCAUUAGAAGUAACCAGUCAAUGAACUGAAAGCAGGGUUAUUUUCCUGUCAGAGAUGCAACAGAACUGCCGAACAGAGACCUCAGAACCGUCCACUCUGACUCAGCAUGUUAGUGAGUUCUUUUAAGGUGUUGACGUGACUGCUGUGUGGAAAGUUAUUGACAUAAGACUGAUUUCUUUGAGGGAGAGAAGUUGCAGGUCAGCAAAAUUAUGUCUCACUUCCCCAAAUCACAUCAGAAUCAUUGUUGCAGCUUUUCUUCCCCUGAGAUUGUGGAACUGAAAACAAAAGACAGUAUAAUUUACCUCCAAAUAGAUUUUACAACUUGGAAAAAUUUCAUGACUGUUUAAGAACUUCACAUUUAAUGCUUGGCUGAAGAAGUCUAGAGUGUCACCUUUUGUCAACAUUAGGCUAGAUAUGAUGAGGCUGUUAAAAUAGUUGUUAAACUAAAAACAGGAACCUUCAUAAGAUAUGAAAUUAAAACUUUCACCUCAUGUGAUUCAUAAGGGCUCUAACGUCAUUUAAGGGAAUAACUUUUCUGCUCUCACUUCCUCUCUGUACUUCUUACUCAUGAUGUUCCCCAAACCUCUGUAUCAUGUGAUUAACAAACCAGUUUCUCUGAAGCAGGUCCCCUCUUGCAGAUAAAGUCCCUGUGUGUUUAUGUAGUUUCUCUUCUGUUUUUUUGAACCACAAACAGGACAUGUCUGUACAGGUGGGCUGGUUUUACAGGGGCAAACAUGGGUGGCUGCUUGUUCAGAGGAAUUGUCAGUGGCAUGCCAGUGUAAUGACCGGCUUGAUGAUUGAGUAUUGCAGGGUUUUAUUUUUUUAUCCAUCAGUCUUUUGAGUUGAGCCUGUGAGGAAGAACAGUGUCUGCUCUGGUAUUGAUUUUUCUUCACUCUGAGCAUCCUGCUUAUCACAGGCAUCCUCAUAUAUCUGAUAGCUACAUUAUGAUCUCUAAUGGCUCCAGCUACUGAUCCCUGCUCAGUUUUCCUCUGAAAGCACGCACUCCUAAAGAAAGUUUGGCCCUAUCUUCAGGAUAAGGCAGGAGCUGAAAGCUGGUUUAGAUUACUCCAGCGCAUUUUCCUUUUUAGAAGAUUUCUUGUGUGUAUUUUCCCAUCUUGAGUACUUUGUUUUGUUUUGUUUUUUUCUUCUCUCUGUGCAUGUCAAACAAAAAUCUAUACAACUAUUUUAAAUACCUAAAACUGCUGAUGCAGUGUGUUGACAGAGCAUGAAAUGAGUUCUCUUGAGCAUGACUGAGGAUAAGAGGUUUUUCUCCACUCUGUACACACCAAGUGUGCAUGUUCCACUUACAGAUCUAACCUGUGUUACAUUCUCCAGACUGGAAUGAACAUUUUUUGAUACUGGCCUGUUUUUCAGGAGUGGAAGAACUUGUGUGGGGGCAUUAAACUGUGCUAGCUCAGCCUUGUUUGUCUAGUUAUGAGAGAGAUUCCAACCAUAUUAUUAUGUCAGCUGUCAUCAGUAGAAGUUAAAUUCACGAUAUACUUGGAGGUGAUAUGGAGUAAGAGUUGGAGUUUGUUUUAGUAAUGAGUUCAGUGUUUAUAUUGUGGAUCUAAAACCUUGAUGCAUUUUAUUUUUUUCAUGUAUUAUAAGGACUAGUGCUGGGCGAUAUGGAAAAAAAUGUAUAUCACGAUAUGGAUCAUUUUAUAUCACGAUAACGAUAUAUAUCACGAUAUAGCUAUGGUAUGCUUUCAGUUCUAUGAAAAAUUUAAGUGUAUACAGCUGCACUAGUACAGUACCAGUACAAGACCAGCACUUAAAACUAGAAAAAUGAAUAAAUAAAUACGUGGCCGAAGUGCGUUCAUGUCUGUGCUCACCCAAAGUUAUGCAACACUCACAGAAAACGCCGAUAGUGUGAGCCAAAGCACUCCAUAAUAAUAAUAAUAAUAAUAAUAAUAAUAAUAAUAAUAAUAAUAAUAAAUUUAAUUUGUAAUGCACUUUACAUUUACAAAAAUCUAAAAGUGCUACAGUACACAGUAAAAAAAGAGCAGCAACAACAAAAAAGCAAUAGAAUGACAGUCACAGAUUGGCAUAAAAAAAAAGAAUUAAAAAAAAUAAAAAAUAUAGAGUUGCAAUGUAAGAGGCAAGGUAGUAAAAGCAUAGAGGAAAGUUAACCAAAGGCUAUAUUAAAAAGGUAGGUCUUUAGGGCUCUUUUGAAGAGGUUGUUCACACUGCUAGAUGUUUCUCCUCCAAAGCUGCUCUCUGCCUCCAUCAUUGUUUACUUUACUCUUGAAGCACGUAGGAAGACCCGAGCAUGAAUCCGAGCGCUUUAUUCGCCUAUCAGGGGCGAACAGGUAAGGUGAUUUGAUUCGCCACGACUCCAGAAAUGAUUGAAAAACUACAGAAUGUCACAAAAUUACGUUUCCUCGCUGCUGGCUUGAAGGGUACAAAUGCGCAGCCGCGCUCCCAGCUGACAGGAAGUCAAACCACUGUUGUAGUUCUUUUGUGUUGCUAGCGCGGUCAAGAGUGUUGGCUCUCACUGAGAGAUGACUACAAAAAUGGACGCACCUGUUCAGCUGGUUGUUAAACACGGCUGAAAAUGAUCAUCUUUUAAUGUUGUUCCCGCUCCUGCCCACUCCCGUUGCCUUUUUCCCCGUCCCGUCCCGAUCAAGGGAUUAAUUAAAAAAGGACUCCCAUCCCGUGGGAUUCCCGCGGGAAUCACGUGACCCACGGGAAUUCCCGAAAAAUGUCAUCCUCUACAGGGAAGGUCCCGGAGCAGAUGAAACAGGUGCCGGAGCGGCUGAAAAAGGUCCCGGAUCCGAUCAAAAGAGGUCCCGGAUCGCGCUCCGACUUGCUCCGGCACAAAUUAAGCACUGCUUACAAUGAUCCCCUCACGUGUGUAACCCAGGUAACCCGCAACGGCGGGAGACGCUGGACACGAAGAGGGCACGUAAAGCGGCGCCAUGUCGCAAAAUCGAAAGAGAAAUGCAAGCCUACAUGUCAACGCAUCCUUUUCUUUGUAAGAAAAUAUUGUUUUCUUUCCCGUUCGACACCAAAUACACUUACUGAAUGUGCAAUUAUUGUUGUUGUUACUAUGAAUCAUCUGAUGGCACAAGCCCUAUGGAUAAAAUACAGCCUAUCGCCCGAAACGAUAAAAAUAAAAAUGGCACGAUAGACAUUUUCUAUCGUGCCCACGAUAUGUAUCGUCCUAUCGCCCAGCACUAAUAAGGACUGUAUGAACUUCUUGACUGAUCAUAGCUCACAUAUAAUUAAAGAUGUUAAUUAUCAUGAAUUUGUCCUCUCCAUUUGAUAUUUUACAGACAAAAUGUGGCGUGCAGCCUUCCUCUUAUUGGCUGCCAGCUUGUCAGUGAGCCUGGCCAGACCCCACCUCAAGCCCCUGUCCAGUGAGAUGGUCAACUAUAUCAACAAGAUCAACACUACCUGGAAGGUCAGUUCACUUAAUUUGUAUGAAUAUGAUAUUUUUUUUGUGAGUAAAUCUGGUUCUGUUUGAGCAAAUGUUCCUCUUCUUCUGCAGGCCGGUCACAACUUCCACAAUGUCGACUACAGCUAUGUCCAGAGACUCUGUGGUACAAUGCUGAAAGGACCUAAACUGCCUGUCAUGUGAGUGUCGAUACUGUGAUACACUAUAAUAGAUAUAAAAAUAAAUAUGCACUGAGUAUUGUUUUAUUUAUUUAAAAAUGUGGGGAUUUUUUAUUUUUUUUUAAAUUGAUGCCACAGACAUCUACUGAAAACAGGAAACAGUGCAUUGAGUCUGUCGACAUUGGCGUUGAGUCGGAACACAGCAGCACUUCUCUUAUUGUUUCCUCUACAGGGUUCAGUAUGUUGGAGAUGUGAAGCUGCCUAAAAAUUUUGAUGCCAGAGAGCAGUGGCCCAAUUGUCCCACUAUUAAAGAGAUCAGAGACCAGGGCUCUUGUGGAUCCUGCUGGGUGAGAAAAAGACCUGCUGCUACAUUACUACAUUUCCAUAUUUUACUGAGGACAUGAUCAAAUCUUUAGAUACAGAAUUUUUCCAUUGCUGUGAAUUUAAUUUGUUUUAAAUAUGUUGAAGGAUCACACCAAAUUUGACUUGGCCCAGCAUUGCAAAUGUGCUUCAAAAAACUUUGUCCUCUUAACCGUGACGCCCUUGAUUCUUAGAGUGCCUCUCUAGAGAAUGAAGUUGUCUGAAACUUCAAUUUGCAUGUAUGAUGUAAUUUUGUUCUUCUGCUUGCAGGCAUUUGGUGCUGCAGAGGCCAUCUCUGACCGUGUGUGUAUCCACAGCAAUGCCAAGGUCAGUGUGGAGAUCUCUUCAGAGGAUCUGCUGACCUGCUGUGAAAGCUGUGGCAUGGGGUAAGAGGCACAUGCGUAAAGAAGUGUCUUUACUUGAGUUCAUACCUUGGGAGUGAACUAUAGUGUUUGAGUUUCACAAUGCUUUAUUUUAUAAGGGUCUCAUACCAUUAGCAAACUUAGUAUCUGUGGCAGAGCUUAACUUAUAAGAGGUGCUGAUGUAUCAUGUCUUUUGAGUAAGACUCUACACCUCCAGAAUUUGCAUAGUGGUUGUCUGAAGGUAGUAAAAACUCAAAUGUUGUUAAAAUUUUAGAUGUAAUGGAGGCUACCCUUCAGCUGCCUGGAACUUCUGGACCAAAGAUGGCCUGGUCUCUGGAGGACUCUAUGAUUCCCAUAUCGGUGAGUUUUGUGAGCCUGCAGCAGUGGUGUUGUAGACGGAUCUAUGUUGUCUAUAAGUCUAAAUUGUGUGUCUGCAGGUUGUCGCCCCUACACCAUUGCCCCCUGUGAGCACCAUGUGAAUGGCAGUAGACCGCCCUGCACAGGAGAGGGUGGGGACACACCACAGUGUGUUUACAAGUGUGAAGCUGGAUACACUCCCAGCUACAAAGAGGACAAGCACUAUGGUGAGUGGCUGAGGAAAGUUCUAGUUGCAUAACAAUUGCUCUAUUGCAAUCAUGUUAAGAUCGCUCAUACGUUUAAUACUUGCCAGCUGUGACUGUAAAAAUAUGUUGGUGUCUGGCAUGAUCAUGAGUUUAAUAUUGGGGGGGGGGGGGCUGUUUGAGUGGCUGUUUUUAUAAAUUUAGACUUGUGAAGCAUGUUUUAAAAAUAUAUAAACAUAUUUCCAUUGUUCAAGUGUUUGCACUCAGCUAGUCUUAUUGUCAAUCUGUCCUCUGUAGUCAGUACAAACAAUCUUUUCUCCAGCAAGGGAAGAACAACUCUAAACUUUGCAGUAAAUGGGUAACAUGAAACUCUUGACACAGAAAAGCUGUUAAUCCAAGUGUUUGUCAUGUCGUUACCCCUUUAAUCCCAUGUUUGUGCCACAAAAAGUAGGUUUAUGUACUUGAACAGGUUUAAUCCAAAUAUUGGUGAGUGUAACUUGACUAAAUGCACACAAGUACCCCAGGAUCCUGACUCAAAGUUCGUUUCAGGUAAAACAUCUUACAGCGUGCUGUCAGAUGAGGAGCAGAUCCAGUCUGAGAUCCUUAAGAAUGGCCCUGUAGAGGGAGCUUUCACAGUAUAUGAAGACUUUGUGCUGUACAAGUCUGGUAAGAACACACAGUGCACUCACCUCACCUCACUGAACACUGGUACACUCACAAUGUGCUGAGCACGGAGUAAAUGCUGAUUUUGAAUGUUUGCUUGGUGUUCUGUAAAAUGUUGUUUUUGUCCUCUGGUGCACUUGACCUUAACACCCCCCUUUCUCUCUCUCCCUUUUUUUUUUUUUUCUCUUUCUCCACCUCCUCUUCAGGUGUGUAUCAGCAUGUGUCUGGGUCCCCUGUGGGUGGUCACGCCAUCAAGAUCCUGGGCUGGGGAGUUGAGGACGGUGUUCCCUACUGGCUUUGUGCAAACUCCUGGAACACUGACUGGGGUGAUAAUGGUGAGUGGAGAUGCACAUUAUGUCUCAGUGUAGUUUCAACAUUACAGUCUGCCCUGUCUGAAAACCAUCCCUCCAAAAAUUAAUUUAAAAAAAUCCCAGUCCCCCCCAGGCUUGUUUUUUUAAUUUAACAAGUGUACUCAUUGUGAACUGUUUUGGUCCUUAGGGUACUUUAAAUUCCUGCGUGGAUCAGAUCACUGUGGUAUUGAGUCCGAGAUUGUGGCUGGGAUCCCCAAAUAAAUGCCAAGGUAAGACGGCAAAACGCAUGUAAUGAGAGUAUGAUAAGACUGUGAGGUACUGGCUGUUUACACAUCAGAUUUGUGAAUGUGAAGCUAGUAAAUUCAUGAACUAGACUGGAAUGCUUGGAUGUGUAUUUUUGCAUUGCCCCCUCGCAGAUCCAUAUGGACUGUUGACCACCAUAGUAGCUUGUAAAUACCUCAGUUUUCAUACAUGUGGAUGUAGCUUUAAUGAAGCAGUACCUUUUUUACUGUUUUUCUUUCAGGUUCUGAGCUUGAAUGUCAAUCACUUAACCACCAGAGGGCGACACACUCCACUUGCUGCUCUGGAACUCAGACUGCGUUCAACUUUAGCCCCUGUAGUUAAAGCCUUCUGAUCAAUUACUCACACACAAACAGCAUGUGGUUUUCGCAAGUGAAAAAAUGGGACAAAUUCAAGAGUUACGUAGAUUCCUUUAAGUGGAUUAUGACAACAUAUACCUUACCUUAGCUGAAAUCACCUUUUUAAUUUGAAGGUAAUAUCUUUCUGUGAAUGCACUGAUGAGGUCUUUUUUUUCCCUCAUCUUUUUUUUUAAUAAGGUCAGUCAAAGUUUUUUUCUGGAAACAUCCAUCCAGGAGCAAAACAGGUCAUAGUUUAAAAAAAAUUGACUUUUCUAAAGUUGGCAGCAAUUGAUGUAAUUAAGAUUCACCGCUUUGGUUACUUGUCAUCCACUUAUGUCUCAUGCCACAUAUGCCAUUCUGUGAUGCUUUGAAGUUAUCACUGUAAUUGGUGCCUAUGAGUGUUUAUAAAUGUAGUUUUUUUUUGUUUUUUUUUUAUAUGGUUGAAAUUGAAUGUUUUCCUUGUCUGCCUGUGUUGAUUAAUUGUAUUAGAAUAUUACUGUUGUCAAAAUAAAUAAAACCAUUGCUUUCAUAUGAUGUUUUAUUGAAGAUUAAUUACUGAUAUUUUGCGUUAUUGGAUACAAAAAAUUGCAGUUGGCUUGUGUUAAUGUGAGUCAGUUGCAGGAAGUAAAACUAAGACUUGUAGCUCAUGCGCUAAAAUUAUUUGGUCUCUACCUUUCUUCUACCUUUCAGUGUACAUGUAGUCAUGAAAUGAUCCAUAUGAGCAAACUUGAAAUAUUAAAGCAAGGUCACUUUUCCUUUAAGCCUGUAA